GUCCGGGAGAGGGUGGGAGCUUCCGGUGGUUGGUUGAUGGCUCCGGUAUGGUUUCCUGUGUGUACUGAGAGCUCCCGGUACUGCCCUGUAACGGGGGGCGCACAGUGACCCCACAUAGAACCCCUGACACUCCCCAUAGGUGGCCCCUUAUUACAUAGCCCCUGCAGCUGAGCCUGGGGUACCCCAUUCUUGUAAGUGGUCCUGGGGUGCCCCAUCCUGCCCUUAGCCCCCCCCCCUUUAUAAUUUAGGGUAUUCUAUGGUUAUCAUGGCCCCCCAAUAGUGCCUGGGCCCCCCAUUCUUUAUGUGACCCCCCAAACCACAAGCUGAGUUCCCUAUAGUUUAUUUGGCUCCUCAGCAGGGGCCCCUAUGCUCCCAGUAGGGGAGAGGGCCCCCAUUACCUGUCCCCCCAGUUUUCCCAUAUACAUUAAAUGUCCAGUGACUUGUUGAAUUAUAGUCAUUGCCCCCCAGGCCUGAUACCCGUGAGCGCCCCCUAUUCCCUGCCCCUUUAUUUAUCUCACCCCGGGCGACAGACGACCCCAGAAUGGAGCAGAAAUCCAAAGGCAAGCUGCUGAUCUCCACCAGUCUGGACGCCAAGGACGAGCUGGAGGAGAGGCUGGAGCGCUGCGUUGCGCUGGUGACCUCCAUGACAAAUGGCGUUUCGGAGAGAGAGGCCAAUGAUGCGCUGAACGCUUAUGUCUGCAAGGGAGCCAGUCAGCAUGAAGAGGUGUGUCUGGGACUGUUCACACUGGUGCUUUACGAGCCCGCGCAGGCGCAGAAGUGUUACCGUGACUUGGCCCUUGUCAGCCGAGAUGGAAUGAACAUCGUUCUCAACAAGAUCAACCAGCUCCUUAUGGAGAAAUACUUGAAACUGCAGGACACGUGCCGGACACAGCUGGUGUGGUUGGUGCGAGAGCUGGUGAAAAGCGGAGUUCUGGGAGCCGAUGGAGUGUGCAUGACGUUCAUGAAGCAGAUUGCAGGGGGUGACAUAUCUGCAAAGAAUAUCUGGCUGGCUGAGAGUGUCCUGGAUAUCCUGGUGGAUCAGAAGGAGUGGGUGAUGAAGAGCAGCAUUCUCAUCGCCAUGUCCGUGUACACUUACCUGCGGCUGCUCGUGGACCACCAUGGUACCCCCCAACUCGUGGCACUGAGGCAGAAGGAGGUGGAGUUCUGUACCAUGCUGCUGAGAGACCGGUUCAUGGAUUGCUUCAUGAUUGGCCGGGACCUGGUGCGGCUGCUGCAGAACGUUGCUCGAAUCCCUGAGUUUGAUGCCUUAUGGAAGGAUAUGCUGCACAACCCGCAGGCACUGACACCCCAGUUUACAGGAAUCCUCCAGCUGCUCCAGUCUCGUACAUCACGGAAGUUUCUGGCGUGCCGGCUGACCCCCGACAUGGAGACCAAGCUCCUGUUCAUGACGUCUCGGGUCCGCUUUGGGCAGCAGAAGAGAUACCAGGACUGGUUCCAGCGCCAGUACCUCUCCACGCCGGACAGCCAAUCCCUGCGCUGCGAUCUGAUCCGCUACAUCUGUGGCGUGGUCCACCCAUCCAAUGAGGUCCUGAGCUCGGACAUCUUGCCCCGCUGGGCGAUCAUCGGGUGGCUCCUCACUACCUGCACUUCCAAUGUGGCCGCAUCCAACGCCAAGCUGGCCCUGUUCUACGACUGGCUCUUCUUCAGCCCUGAGAAGGACAGCAUCAUGAACAUAGAGCCGGCCAUUCUGGUGAUGCAUCACUCCAUGAAGCCGCACCCCGCCAUCACCGCCACCCUGCUGGACUUCAUGUGUCGGAUAAUCCCCAAUUUUUACCCACCGCUAGAGGGUCAUGUGAGACAAGGUGUGUUCAGCUCCCUCACCCACAUCAUGGAGAAAAGGGUCCUGGCACAUCUGGCUCCGCUAUUCCAUAACCCCAAACUGGACAAAGAACUAAGAUCGAUGCUCAGAGAGAAGUUCCCCGAGUUCUGUAACCUCCCAUCUCCUGCCUCAGAAAUAAAGACAGAGGAGCCGGUCUCCAUGGAGAUGGACAACAGUCUUGUAGACAAGGAGGAGAGCUGCUACGACAGUGCGGAGGCCGCCUUCAGUGAUGACGAGGAGGAGAUGAACAGCAAAUCAUCAGACAACGGGAAAAAGAGGGAGUUCCGCUUCCACCCCAUCAAAGAGCCGAUCAUAGAGGAGCCGGUGGACAUCACCCCGUAUCUGGAGCAGCUGGAGGAACCGCUCAGGGAGAAGGUGGUGGCUCUGCAGAAGGAGAGUGACAUGGAGUCGCAGUGUGAGCUGAUGCAGGACAUUGUGGAGCAGAUCCUGGAGGAUGACUUUGACUCGGAGCAGCUGUCGGUGCUGGCGUCCUGUCUCCAGGAAUUAUUCAAAAGCCAUUUCCGUGGUGAGGUUCUUCCGGAGGAGAUCACCGAGGAGUCUCUGGAGGAGUCUGUGGGGAAGCCCCUCUACCUAAUAUUCAGGAACUUGAUUCAGAUGCAGGAGGACAGCAAUGGCUUCUCUCUGCUCCUCGACCUGCUCUCCGAGCUCUACCAAAAACAGCCCAAGAUCGGCUACCACCUGCUGUACUACCUGAAGGCCAGCAAAGCAGCGGCGGGGAAGAUGAACCUGUACGAGUCGUUUGCUCAGGCCACCCAGCUGGGCGAUCUUCACACGUGUCUGAUGAUGGACAUGAAGGCGUGCCAGGAGGAUGAUGUGCGGCUGCUGUGCUACCUGACACCCUCCAUAUACAGUGAGUUCCCGGAUGAGACGCUCCGGAGCGGGGAGCUGCUGAACAUGAUCGUCGCGGUCAUUGACUCGGCCCAGCUGCAGGAGCUCGUGUGCCACGUGAUGAUGGGGAACCUGGUGAUGUUCCGCAAGGACUCUGUGCUGAAUAUCCUGAUUCAGAGCCUGGACUGGGAGACCUUUGAGCAGUAUUGCACGUGGCAGCUCUUCCUCGCCCACAACGUUCCCCUGGAGACCAUCAUUCCCAUCCUCCAGCAUCUGAAAUAUAAAGAGCACCCUGAGGCUUUAUCCUGUCUCCUCCUACAGCUGAGGCGAGAGAAGCCUACAGAAGAAAUGGUGAAGAUGGUGCUGAGCCGCCCGUACCACCCUGAUGACCAGUUCACCACCAGCAUCCUGCGCCACUGGUGCCUGAAGCAUGACGACCCCCUUGCCGAGCACAUAAAGUCCCUGCUCAUCAAGAAUAACAGCCUCCCCCGCAAGAGGCAGAGUCUGCGGAGCUCGAGCAGUAAGCUGGCACAGCUGACCCUGGAGCAGAUCCUGGAGCAUCUGGAUAACCUGCGGCUCAACCUAUCCAACACCAAACAGAACUUUUUCAGCCAGACGCCGAUCCUACAAGCCCUGCAGCAUGUCCAGGCCAGCUGUGACGAGGCACACAAGAUGAAGUUCAGUGACCUUUUCUCGCUGGCCGAGGAGUACGAAGACUCCACCAAACCUCCCAAGAGCCGACGGAAAGGGCCCAUGACCAGUCCCCGGAGUCGCAAGAACAUGGCGCAGCCCACCAACACCGAGGAGGAGUCCGCGUCCACCAGCGCCUCAGAGGAGGAGGAUACGAAGCCCAAACCUCCGAAGAGGAAGCGGAAGGGCUCUGCGGCGGUCGGCUCAGACAGUGACUGAGGGCUCUGCGGGGGAGUGGCCCUAAUGUGGCUCUCACAUCUUUAUUCCAACCUGAACUGAACGGCGGCCAUCUUUACUCUGCAGAGACCAGGGGCCCAGCACGCGCCCCGCCCCACAUGAAUUAGGGGACGGGAUCUUUAUACUGAAGCAGAGCGCAUAUUUUCUUACUGAACUGUAAAUAAUCGUCUCCGGCCGAGGACGCCGCCAAAUACGGACAUUUUAUAAGAAAAAAAUAUUUUAAAACACAAAUAAAAAGAUUCCUGAUACCUCGUCCCCUCUGUGCCGCCUC